AUGGGGUUCUUCUCCUUCCUGGGUCGCGUUCUCUUUGCUUCCCUCUUCAUCCUCUCCGCAUGGCAGAUGUUUAAUGAAUUUGAUGCCACUGGUGGACCAUUUUCAAAGGAGUUGGUUCCCAAGCUCACGAUUGUGAGGAAAAAUUUAUCCUCCAAAUUGGGAAUAGCGAUACCAGAUUUUAAUGCAACUUAUGUUCGUCAAGUUGUUGCAACUAUCAUAUUUCUAAAGGGAGUUGGAGGAAUUCUAUUCGUGUUUGGCAGCACAUUUGGAUCCUUUCUUUUGCUUUCGCACCUGGCGCUUACUACUCCAAUUCUAUAUGAUUUCUACAACUACAGACCUACUAAGCCUGAAUACGGUUUACUUCUAAAUGAGUUCAUUCAGAACGCUGCACUUUUUGGUGCAUUGCUAUUUUUCAUAGGGAUGAAGAACUCAAUUCCCAGGAAACAGUUCAGGAAGAAGACGACCCCAAAAACAAAACCAAAAACAAAAGCAGUCUAG